AUGCUAAAUAUUCUGGUUUUUGGCUUUAUAUGUCUAGUACUAUGUUGGAUUUUAACCAUCUGUUUUCCACCUAUUUCGUUUCCGAAUAAUAUUCCAACAAUUCCUUUUUAUUCAGUUUUUAUACCUCAGUAUUAUAAUAUUGAUCAAGUUCAGUUCUACAACUUGUACAUUAGGGAAAAGCUAGAAAAAUAUGGAGCUGUGAAGUUUUAUUUCGGUUCUAGAUGGAAUAUCUUGGUUUCACGCCCAGAAUUUCUGAAUAACAUCUUCAAAAAUGAAGACACUUUUGCCAAAAGUGGAAACCAACAAAAGAUUCCGUACAGUGUUCUAGCAGCUUAUACUGGAGAUAAUGUAAUCAGUGCCCAUGGAGUUAACUGGCAAAAAUAUAGGAAGCCAAUAAAAGAUGGUCUUCAGCACUUUGACAUUGGCAUAUUGCUUAAAAAUGCAAUGAAGUUUUGUGAAUUAAUUAAAGAAGAUAUGAGGCCAUUUAAGUAUCAUUGCAAUUUUAAGAUCAUUCCUUAUAUACAAAGAUUGACACUAGAUAAUAUCUGUCGAGUUGGACUUGGAUUCGAAUUUGGUGCAAUAGAUGAGGAUAAUAAUUCUUUACAUAGGCAGCUAAUACAGAUUAAGAAACAAAUUUUUGAUCCCUUUUAUCUUAACUUCCCUAUGUUUGAUAGGUUGCCUAUACCCUCAAGAUUAUUAGCGUUUCAGAAUGUUGAGAAUUUUAGGAGUAGCUUAGUAGAUAAGGUACAGAAGCAGCUAAUAAAAACCUAUAAAUUUGAGCAGGCAAAUACAUCUGGUUCUGCACUAGUAAGAGCCUACAAUAACGGUGAAUUGACAUAUAAACAAUUAACAGAUAAUAUUGUUAUUCUUUUGGUGGCUGGACAUGAAAAUCCACAAUUAUUUAUUUCAAAUCUAAUAUACUUACUGGGGAAAUAUCAUGACACAUGGCAAGUAGAUAUUAGAAACGAAAUUCUCAAUAAUGAAGAAAAUAAUUUAUCUGAGUUACCUUUAUUGAACUCUUUUCUAUAUGAAUGUCUAAGAUAUUAUCCCCCAUUAAGCGUUAUUAUAAAUCGGAAGACUACUAAGAGAUGUAUGCUUGGCCCAGGUAUAGUAGUACCAAAGGAUACAUAUGUCGGAUAUCAUAACUAUAGUACUUGCCAUGAUUCUAAUUUUUGGGGUCAUACCUCCGAUAUUUUUGAUCCUACAAGGUGGGGUAAGGAUAUAGAAACUAUCAACAAAGCAUGGAAAACAACUAAGAAUAAUUGCAUCCUAAACACUUUUCAUGGCGGAAAGAGGGCAUGCUUGGGAGAGAAGUUAGUAUUUGUCUCUACUAGGAUCAUAAUUGCUGAAUUUCUCUCUUCAUUCGAAUGGAAAUUAUCACCAUUAUGGGUAGAGCAAAUGACUCAUGCAGGACCAUUAUGUCCUAAAGAUUUAGCUUUAGAUAUUAGGGUAAGAGAUACUAGCAUGCAAAUACAAAAAUUAAAUAAAUAUCUGUAG